CAGACAGAGGAAGGAGGGCAGCAGAAGCAUCAUCAGCUGCAGCGCAGCGCAGCCAAAGCAAAUUGUACAGAGGAAGCGCGCGGCGGAGGCACACGCGCUUCUCGUGCUGCCCUCGCGUGGGGAGAGGUGGGGUGCUUCGAGAAGGUUCCGAGGAGGGAGAGGGCUGCUGGUGGGGGCCGCGGGCGCCGGAAGCAUGUUGGGGAGGGACGAGCUGCUGCGGCGGAGCCUCGUGACGCUGGCGGCGGCCGUGGUGGUGACCGGGGUGGCCACGGCGUCCGUGCGGAAGGCGCUGGCCACCUACGUCUUCGGCAUCCUGGCCAUCGCCGGCGUGCUGCUCCCGGACUGGGAGUUCUUCGACCGCGACUUCUCCCAGUGGCUCACCCCCAUGCCCGCCUCCCGCCGCACGGCCGCCGCCGCCGCCGCCGAGCGCGAGCACGACAUUUGGAGAUUUAAGCCGUAUCCACUCAGGAUGGCCGUGCUCGCGACGAUCUACGGGUUUGGACUUUACAAGUGGUGGACGUACGUAUCUCACUAACGAGACAGUCCCAGGACCCCCUCCCCUGUCUCAUUCUCAUGAUACGAAAGAUUUCGAGAGUAGUACCAUCACAUCGAUCAAAUUGCUUUGCGUUGCUUCAUGAUCAGACAAUUAGUACAUCGUGGGAUCAUACAAGAACGUCCGGAGGGGAAAUGAACACCCGGCCGCAAGUUCAUCUCUGUAGCUAAUGGGUUUUUGUAAUGUGCAAAUGUCAUUCUUAGAUCAAAAGGAGCACUGUUACUUCGUUUUUCUUCUUGUUGUAUAUAUGCAUCGUCUCUGAUUGCUGUUGA